AUGACGGGACAGGUCACGUGUUAUUGUUUAGAGCAGGAAACUGUCGGUUACGUCUUGAACUGCACGCAGCAGCUGCUGGGACUUCUCACUCAUUGAUGUGUAUUUCCUUUUCGUCUCUCCAGCAUGACAGUGAGAAGAGUACCUUCUUUAGUGGAAAUGGGGAUUUUAUUAGCAGCAUGCUUUUAAGUGGAAUAAACAAAUCCGACACGCAUCCAGCUGCUCCUGCCAGCUCCAGAGGUAGCUAGCUACCGUAGCUCACCAGCCUGUGGGGAACGAGCUAACCGUGGCUAGCCAGUCGCUCUCUGGCUAGCUACAGUCAACCUCCAAGACGUGGAAGUUGAUAAUUGCCUGUACCUGGCUGCUAAGCCAGCUAGUUACCUGUUUUUGUGUCACGUAAAGAGACAAAAUGGAGCUGUUCCAAGCCAAAGACGAAUACAUCCUCCAGAGAGGGGACCGUGCUCUGUGGUGCAGCCGAAAAGACGGGACCAUGACCGUCAGACCUGCUACAGACCUCUUGUUAGCUUGGAAUCCAGUUUGUUUGGGUUUGGUAGAAGGUGUCAUUGGAAAGAUACAGCUUCACACAGACCUUCCUCUGGGCCUUGUAUUAAUCCGCCAGAAAGCGCUGGUGGGCAACUUGCCAGGCAACCACAAAGUCUACAAGAUCACCAAGAUAGCAGUCAUUCCUCUGUCUGAUGAAGAGCCUCAGGAGCUUGAGCUGGAGCUUUGCAAGAAGCACCACUUUGGAAUCGACAAACCAGAGAAGCUGGCCCCGUCGCCCGAUGACUCAAAGUUCUUGAUGAAAACCUUCAGCCAGAUCAAAUCUAAUGUAGCUGUGCCCAUCAAGAAAAAGUAUUCCCCUGCCUUCCAGGUCAAGGAAAAUAAAGAGAAGGAACGUCUGGAGAGGCGGCUGCUGGAUGAGCUGUACAAGAUAUUCAUGGACUCUGAUUCCUUCUACUACAGCGAGACCUACGACCUGACAAACACUGUGCAGCGUCAGGGAGACUCUGAGAAGUCCAGCUUACCCUUAUGGAAACAGGUGGACGACCGUUUCUUCUGGAAUAAACACAUGAUCCAAGACCUUAUUGACCUUCAGGUGCCAGAGGUGGACUUCUGGGUGAUCCCCAUCAUCCAGGGCUUUGUACAGGUGGAGGAACUGGUGGUGAACUACAACGAGACGUCCGAUGAGGAGAGGAGCAGCCCUGAGACGCCACCACAGGAGAUCACCUGUGUUGAUGACAUCCAUCCCCGCUUCACUGUGGCUCUUAUCUCCAGACGCAGCCGCCACCGCGCAGGGAUGCGGUACAAGCGCAGAGGAGUGGAUACCGAUGGCCAUGUGGCUAACUAUGUGGAGACGGAGCAGUUGAUCCACGUGCACAGCCACACCCUGUCCUUCGUGCAGACUCGUGGCUCCGUGCCUGUCUUCUGGAGCCAGGCGGGGUACCGCUACAAUCCCCGGCCACGCUUGGAGAAAGGAGAGAAGGAGACCAUGUCUUACUUUUCUGCUCACUUUGAAGAACAGCUUAAACUCUACAAGACGCAGGUCAUCAUUAACUUAGUGGAUCAAGGUGGGCGGGAGAAGAUAAUUGGCGACGCAUAUCUGAAGCAAGUCCUGCUUUACAACAACCCAAACCUCACAUAUGUUUCGUUUGACUUUCAUGAGCACUGCCGAGGUAUGAAGUUUGAGAAUGUGCAAAUACUGACUGAUGCGAUCUCUGACCUCAUCACUGACAUGAAGUGGGCCUGGGUGGAUCAGGCCGGAGUCAUUUGCAAGCAGGAGGGUAUCUUUCGAAUCAACUGUAUGGACUGCCUGGACAGGACCAACGUGGUGCAGGCUGCUGUUGCUCGGGCGGUGAUGGAACAACAGCUGAAGAAACUGGGUGUGAUGCCUCCAGAGCAGCCUCUGCCUCUCAAAUGCUACAAGAUUUAUCAGAUCAUGUGGGCCAACAACGGAGAUACCAUCAGCAGACAGUACGCAGGCACAGCAGCGCUCAAGGGAGAUUUCACCAGGACGGGGGAGAGGAGACUAGCUGGUGUGAUGAAGGAUGGCGUGAACUCUGCCAACCGCUACUAUCUGAACCGCUUCAGGGAUGCCUACAGACAAUCGGUCAUUGAUCUAAUGAUGGGCCUGCCAGUGACAGAGGACCUGUACUCCAUCUUCAGUAAGGAGAAGGAGCAUGAAGAGAAAGAGAUAGAGAGCCAGAGAGGAGCGCAGGAGCAGGUCAGCCUCCUGCUGCAGACCUACAUGCAGCUCUUGCUGCCUGAUGAUGAGAAGUUUCAUGGAGGUUGGGCCCUCAUAAAUUGUGACAUGAGCCUCGUUGAUGCAACCAACAAAGAUGUGGAUGUGCUGCUGCUCCUGUCUGACAAAGCCUAUUACAUUGCUUACUACGAUGAAGAAGCAGAUAAAGUCAACCAAUACCAGCGCCUCAAUUUAGAGGGUUUGGAAAAGAUUGAAAUUGGUCCAGAGCCGACUCUGUUUGGGAAGCCAAAGUUCUGCUGCAUGCGCUUACAUUACAGGAGUGAAGAGACGAGUGGAUACUUUCACACGCUGAGAGCAGCAACACGAAAUCCUGAGGAUGAUGGAAAAGACACGUUACAAUGCAUAGCGGAGAUGCUUCGCAUAACCAAACAGGCCACGGGGCUGGACAUGCUUGUGGUUGAAAAGAAGCUGGAGAGGCGGCAGAGUAAACCUCAUGAGGAUAUAAUGGGCAUCCAGAACAAACCUGCUGACCAGGUCCAGGGUAGCUCUGGUCUGGCUCAGGGCAAAAGUUUUCUCCUCAACAAAUUCUCCUCUCUCAAUCAGAAAGUGAAACAGACCAAGACGAACGUAAACAUUGGCACCUUCAAGCCCCUCGGGAGGUUGGGCAACUUCUCUAAGCCUGAUGUAAAAGUAAAUUUCCUCAAGCCAACUAUGCACGUCAACCUGUGGAAGUCGGACAGCAGCUUGGAGACAUCGGAUAACAACCCCGGCACAGGAGCCCUAAAGGAUAUCGGUGACAGGCACUCUGAAAUCUCAGACGACUCUGACUCUUAUAAUUCUGACCCAGAGCACCCGUGUUCUGGUUCUUUAGAAAACGUGGACUAUGUGCUGCCCAGUUGCGGCAUUGUAGCAUCAAACCCCCGACUGGGCAGUCGCUCCCAGUCUAUUGGCAGCGUGGAGCUGAAUAUCCCGUCCGUUAUCCGAAUCACUGGCUGCGACGGGAAGCAGGAAAGCCCCUCUCAAGUCAGUGAUGACAAGUCCCCUGGGUCCGCCUCGGUGGCUGAAGAAGCCAUUCUGAUUGACUUUGGUACUCCUAUUGAUGCCUACUGCCACCAGUUUGUCCAGGAUGCACAGACCCAACCUGUUGAGGUGUUUGGAGAGCAGCCACCAGCCGGCGUCCCCCCAUUCAACCCUGCGGUGCCUGUGAAGAAUAAAACCCUAGCAGACUCUGAGAAGCAGCCGAGCUCCGAGUGGCAGCCCGAGCCGGAGGAGCCGCAGCUCCCCAGGCCGUCCCAGCUAGACGUCGACUCCACUACCUCCAAUUCCAACCUCCUCACCGUCCAGAAGCCCAACUCUGCGGCCUCAGGAGGCUCUCAGAGGAGUCUGUGUUCACAGAUGGAGGGCAGCCUCGGCCCUUCACCCGCCGACAGCAACGGCAGCCGAGUGGUGUCCCCCUUCGCAAAGAUCAAGAGCUCCAUGGUCCAGGUGGCCAGCCUCACUCAGGCGGGACUCACCCAGGGCAUCAAUUUUGCUGUGGCAAAGGUACAGAAGAGCCCAGAGCCAGAUACUGUCAACGAAGCCCAAGAGAACGAGCUGAAGGCAAUGUUUACACAGUGCCAGACCAGGAUCAUUCAGAUCUAGUGCUUUCCUUGUAGCAGGAUUUUGUAGUUGUACGUCGUGUAGAAACUUCCUGUACGGUAGCAGUAGCAAAAGCUUGCACUGAGCGUCACUACUCAGCCAAGAAAUGCGCUCUUGAAUUUGCCCUUUAGUUAAACCUGCUGUGUUGAUGACUCUUGUACAGAACUUAGAAAUAUACUUAAGCCCAACAUGGCAGUGAGCGUGUUUACAUGCACAUGAUUAUGGAUCCCCUUACUCUUUAAGAGGGCACUGGCUGUGUUGUCUGAUCUAAGGGACGUUUAGCUCAUAUCCAUUUUUGCCAUGCAACCUCGCACAAUGUUACGUGUUCAUUUAUCAAUUGUGUUAUAAUUCCCAUGACCAAUUUUAUAGAACAUUUGACUGAAAUGAGUGUUUGUACAUCCAAUUCUUAAAUCACUCCAGAAAUACCACUACCGUUAAAGUAAGAUGUUCUACGAGUAGUUUUAUUUUCAAAUUUCGAGGAUAUUCUCCCCAAUGAUUACCUUAGGAGACACAUGACGAGGCAUAAGAAGAUAUUUAGGUUUUUAAGAUGUUUUAAACUGUACCUCCUGGAGUAGUAAUUGUGUGCAUGUAAACAGGUAGCAUUAGCUGUAUGUUGAAAGACCAAUCUGACUUUAUCAUGUACUGUACGUCAUCCUGUAUGUGCAGGUCACUUAUCGGCAUUUGUGAUAUAGACACAUAAUAACCUUCAAUUUGUGACAGUUGUUGUAGAAUCCGACCAAAUAUCUUUUGGGAUUUCCCAAAGGACAAUUCUGUGUGUAUAGCUGUCAGAAACUAGCCAGACGACAUACUGUACGUAGUUAUCCUAUGUAAUAUCAAUGUUGUCAAGUGUAACUUAGAAGAUAUAACGUUCUAGAAAUCAUGACUACACAAGACCUUAGUAAGAGUAUCCCGGUUGUUGAUAUGUAGUGAGUAUCUUCCGUUUGUUUCUGAGUAGAGCCUUCCCUUAAGCUUUUUUCGUAUUGAUGGUAGGGAGGCAUCUUAAUAUGUUCUGAGAGGUAUGAGCAUUAUAUUUUGAAUAGGACGCCCAGUACUGUCAUUGCUAACCAUGAAUAACCACGAAACUACUGGUUGGAGUUUGUUUUUGAUAGAGAAAUGUAAUGAAACUAUUCUGCUAAUGGUUGUACUAAUUCACUAAUGAGGGUUUGUCUGAACAGAGUCCUCGGCCAGCGUUGUACAUUGACGUCGCAUGUCAGGAGAGUAGCAUAUAGUAGAUAUAUAUGCAAUUGCACCCAUCCAAUUAUUAGACACACUGACGCUUUAUGCACUCCCCAAACUGAAAGCAUAUUUGCCUUAACAGGGAAUUGAAGUGGGAUUAUGAUGUAUAUCAGGUAUUUAUGGCAAAAUCUACCUUUUUAAGUCCAUUAUUUACAUGUUACAUUUGGUGUACUGUAUGAAAAGAUCAUGUUCAGGGUUACUGUAUGUCAUCAAGCUUUAUCUUGGGAUAUUUCAUCCACGGGCUCAAUCGUUCUCCAUGGAAAUAAGAUGGUUCUUCUUCGUGUGUGUGUACAGUAUGUGUGAGUUAGCAGCCCUGCUGCUGCUGCUGGUAUUUAGGAGCUUGGAGCCCUAGUUAUAUGUAUGUGCUAUAAAGCCGUAAACAUUGUUAUAUUGUACGUGGCUUUCCGUUGACCUCGAGACGUGAGGUUUCCCCCGUUACACUUGUUGUCAUUCAGUAAAAAUGUCCUACAUGACCUUGUUACCGUCCUCCAGAAGAAAUUCUAAUGAACCAUCUUAUCACACAGCUUUGUAUAUCUAUGAUUAAUUCUAAUAAUAAUAAUAAUCUGGUUUGCUACGAGCUGAAAUAUCCCAAGAUAAACACGUUUCAUAUUUCUUUGUGUUAUUGUUGCCUGUUUUCUGCACUCAGUUUGCUCACCAGCAGAUACAUUGGAUACUUUGUAUAUUUUAUUCUGACUUUAAGUGAGAUGUAGCUGUGGCUGCUUUGUGGGUGCUACAUUAUAUAGUUAUUGAACCUGCUGAUAGUGUGUGUUGCUGCCAAAGCUUUAAGGUAAUAGCUGUAAUGCAAAGUUUUAAUGCGGAGGUAAAAAGGUCUUUUUGUUUUUUUAACGUAAGCGCAGGGUUGCAAACACUGGAGCCGUUCUCAAGCAGAGCAGAAACUUAUUUCUGUCACAAACUUGCUGUGUUAAGCUAAAGGAACAGUAAUCCUCAACAUUCCCGAUAUAGACCACAAUGCAAGUGUUAGUGUCUGGUUUUUAUAUGCAACAGCUGGCAUACUUCUUUUUGAUCCUACAUGUUCUGGGUGAUAGUUUUCUCCUUUUGUUUUUACACCAAGUGCUUUUGCAACCACCUCUUUGUUCUCAUCUGUGGUUGUCCUCCCCUCCAAUUAGGACCUCUGACCAUGACACACAAUCAUGUGACUAGAGGUCUUAAAGCAUUUCAUUUGCACUGUUUAAGCACAUUUUCUAGCAUUAGUACCAUUUAAUCUGGACAUCCGUAUUCAUAACUUUCCUCUUUACCAACUGACUGUUUCAUUGUUUUCCACGGUGUACUGAGAUUGUAUUGUAUAUUAAAGUAUCCUAUUUAUUCUUA